AUGAUACAUAUUGAGGCUGAUGACACAAUCGCCACUGCGCCACAUCGACGUACUCGUCGUCUUCAAUCGCCGGGUGUAAAAUUGCCACGGAGAUUACCUACGGUACUACAUUCAUUUAAUGAUCCGUCGCCACGCAGUACUGAAAGCCCGCGACAACUUGCAGAGAUUGGAAUAGCGGGCCUUUCGUUGACUCAAGAAAAGAAUGGUAGUAAGUCAAAAAGACGUGCAGAUACAGUGCGCGUUGUAGUUCGAUGCCGUCCUCUGAAUGCAACAGAGCGCGCAAGAAGGGAUCAGUCGCCUUUUCGUUUUUCAUCUAGCGACUCGACGACACUUCAAGUGGUGUCCGUCACAAAAGGCGGCAAUAAUAAUCGCUCCGGAUCAGCUCGUGAGCUUGUUCGCAGCUUUGGCUUUGAUUUAUGCGCGUCUGGCGAGCGCUCCCAGACUGAGUUUUUUAAUGAAUGUGGAUUGAUACCAUUGCUCGACUCUGUGGCUGAAGGUUAUCUUGCCACUGUCUUUGCUUAUGGUCAAACUGGAUCGGGCAAAACUUACAGCAUGUCAGGGCUUGAGGAGCAAGUAGCCGACACGGAGUCACGAGCUGAACGAGUACAAAAAGCUAAUAACAGCAUCAAUCCUUCUGAUGGCCUCAUUCCUAGAGCAAUUGAGUAUCUUUUUUCUCUUAUAAAUCGAGCAGGCACUGGCGUAGAAAUUAUUGUUCGUGCGUCGUAUUGUGAAAUAUACAAUGAGCAGGUGCUGGAUCUGCUUAAUCCAGAGUCAGGGGUGCUGAAUGUGCGAUGGAAUGCUCGCGCUGGCUUUUACGUGCAGGAUCUGGUGGUCAUACGCUGUGACUCACUUUCUGAUGCUUUAGCUGUUGUUGACGAAGGUCAUCGGAAUCGUCACGUGGCAUCACGCAGUAUGAAUGCUGAUUCUAGUCGCAGUCACUCUUUACUGACUAUCCAUGUGGAUCGAAUUGAGAAAUGCGACUACAAUACCGGAGAGAAUGAAAUUGUCAGUAGAUUUGGGAAAAUGUGCUUUGUGGAUUUGGCUGGUAGCGAGCGGCUUAAAGAGACAAAGUUGAGCAAUGCCGAAGAAACUAGCAACAUCAAUCGCAGUUUACUUACUCUAGGGAAAGUUAUAUCUGCAUUAGCUGCACUAUCAGCUGGAACAAUUGCCGCGAAUAGUAGCUUAUAUAUUCCAUAUCGCGACAGCAAGUUGACUAAACUACUGAUGGACUCGCUUGGAGGCCAAAGUAUGACACUUAUGAUUGCCUGCAUAUCUCCAUCGGUCGUAGCAUUGGAAGACACGCUCACUACCCUGAAAUUCGCGACUAGAGCGAAAAACAUACGCAACAAGCCAGCCAUUCAAGUGGACCCCAUUGAAGAACGGCUAAACGCUUUGCGACACGAAAACCAAUUACUUCGUGAAGAAAAUCAUGCACUCCGCCUUCGGCUGCAGCUCGAAGGACCACCGCCGAGCUUAUGUGUUGAUCGGAUCCAACAUCAACCCAGUCUGAAGUCUACUUUACCUGCUCCUCUGAACUUACAUUCAGCUACAGGUAAAAUCAGACUGGCUUUGCCUUUAGAAUCACCUUCACAGCGUAGUCAGCUCCAGGUACUUCAGGAUGACUAUAUAAAAUUAAAAAGUUGGGCCACGGCAGCUGAGAAACGCCUUAAUGAGCUUCAAAAUGAUAAAAUAGCUUCUCGAGAUGAGGAGAUGCAAAAUCGGAGCAAAUGUCACGGUAAUAACAGUCCAGGCAGUGAGAUAAAGUAUUUGCGGCAGCAGGUGGAGCAGUUGCAGCAACGAGAACAGGAACUCAUGCUAGCUCUGUCUCGUCGAAGUCGUGAACGGCGCAAUGUGCACUAA